AUGUCUGAGCUCAACGAUGAGUCAAUCAGGUCGGCUUCUUUUGUCACCGCCCGGUCGCAUAUCAGCGCCUCCCAUUCUCAUUCCUCCCAAUGGCCGUCGACUCAGAUAGAGCCUCGCGCUAUAGCGGCAGCCUCAGCGCUGGGGGCUCAAAAGCGUCUUCUGACAUCGUCUCAGCCUAGUUUCGGCUCGGCGACGCAGAUAGAGCCACGCGUUGUUGCUUAUGAAGCAGCGCUGGCUCUCAAAAGAGACCGUGAGGCUGAGAGAUUGGCUUCAAAAGCUCCAACCACCAAGAAGAUAGCUACGCUGCUUACUAGAGCUUUGCCCGAUGUGCCAGAUGCUCGAAUGAUUGUAGCAUCGACUCGCUUUCCCAAUGACUCAAGCCAGAAUUCAUCCAUUAUACCGCUCUCAUACAAGGCCAAGGAUAGGGUGACGUUUGGUGUUGUCCAGCAAGCUCAGGAUGUGGAUUUGGUUUUGCGAUUACCAUUGGAUAAUGUCGACACAGUAGUUGGCACUGACGUAGAAUGUCAGAUUGUCUACGAUCCUGGGAGUGAUGACUGCCUUUUGGUAAACUAUACAAAACCGCAACUACGCUUGACAAACUUUAGUUCCUCUUCGACUCUUCAGAUAUCUGUCAAGGAGAAGGGCAGUCAUUUAGUCCAACCUGGCAUGUGGAGAAUAUCUAUAGUCAGCGAUGACCAAGAUCCUGAAGAGUAUCAUCUUGCUGAGUUUUGGCUUCUCGGGAGACGAUUUGAUGUCUCAAUUCACACAGCAAAUAACUCAUUGGAAACAAAGCGAGGCAUGGACGAUGACGCUGAAGGGAAUAUCAGCAAGAGACAAAAACGAUAUCAUGAUAUCGCGGAAACUGCCUCCAUUCAGCUCAUAAAUAGUUCGAAUACAGAGUCAAAACCUAUCACUACUGCUACCAAAAGGACUGAUGCCCACAAUCCAGCUCCAUCAUCCUCUACCCGAAGGAUUUCCGACAAAGCUUCCGUCCCGCUUCUAGAUCUCGUCGACGGAGAAACAGCUGUCAUACGGGCUCUGCGAGAUAGGACAGACUGGUCUCAAUCGCUAUCUGCAGCAAAAGGACCAGCCAGGUAUCAACUACGGCGAGUUAAACAGAUUGCAGUUACAGCAUCUGCGGCUGUCUUUACAUGCGAACACUCUGCUUUGACCGAACCCGUAGUUGCAAAAGUCCUUCAAUGCAAGAAAGAUUUGCCUCAUAGUCUCAGAACUUCUACGCUAUUAUGGAAAAGAGAAAAGGCCACCCUUGAGAAGCUAAAACAUAGGAACGUUAUAUCGCUAAAGGCAUUCGAUGGUCGCAUGUUUGCAAUGUAUCUAGAGCCUCUCCCACCAUCCCUUUAUCGAGGGCUGGAAGCAAAAAUGUCAUUAUCCGACAUCUCUACAAUACUGUACAAUAUUUCAUCCGCUUUGGUGUACCUAAAGACAGUGCCAAUCAUCCAUAACGACAUCAAGCCACGCAAUAUUACCUACUCCCCUCGUCGUGGCGCUGUUCUUAUCGAUUUUGGAUUGGCUACAAGUGCCAAUGAAUGGAACGCGGGAGGCACACCUUGGUACCUCCCUCCAGACCUCCUCGACUACAAUUCACGUGGAUCACCAGGAGACAUAUGGGCAUUAGGCAUUACAAUGCUCUACUUGCUUGGUAGGAUCAAGUAUCCCGAAAACAAUAAGCCCGGCUGGCUGAUGCGCGAACUAAACCACAAUGGAAACUCACGAAAACGAAUGGAAGACUGGCUACAGUAUAUUUUGACGGUUAGAGCUAGGUUAAGUCCAGUGAAUAUGGGCACCGGGAGAAACAAGCUCGAACAUAUUGUGUUCAAUAUGCUUGAGAGCGAUAGUGAUCUGCGCAUCAAUGCGGAGAAUAUCAUUUCUACCCUCGAUACAUCAACGGCUACUCCACUACUGCUAGGGGCUUAA